AUGUUGAAAGGUAUUUGGUCAGUUGGCGUACGCGUGCGUUCACGCACGUUAAUUAUAAGUAACUUGAUAAGAACAUUGUAUUCUACUGGGAUAGAACAUGCGAAGACGAUGAAAGAGAUUGGAAUGAAGAAGAAAGUAAAUUCGGAAGAGUACAAAUGUUCCGAUUACUUUAACUUCCAAAAAUAUUCUUAUUGUGAUAUAGAGGCAGAAGUGAUACCAAAGCGAAUGCCGCAGCCAUCAAAUAAGAAUCCUGACGAAGAGAGAAAAGUCAAACCAUAG